AUGGCUACAUCAACUCCCACGAGCAACGAUCGGCUGCCGUCAACCCUGUUUACCGUAUACCAGACGUAUAAGCGCGGAACUUCUGUGAUAUUGGAAUGGCUUUCCUCAUUCGACAAACCCCUUGCUAGGAGAUCCGGGACUAUCGACCAACCGUCAGGACCAGCACCGAAUUCCUUUACCGUCAAACAGCUGUUGGAAAAAGCGAGAAAAGCGUCGAAAAGCAAACGUAUCCCUCCACAGACAGUUCAUGACGCGUUCAAGGUCGUUCUCGUCAACCGUAACAAGCUCACCAAAUAUUACGAUCGUCUCCCCACAGCGUCGGCCGAUACCGUCGCGGCAACGGCACGUCACAAGGUCUUCAAUGAGACUCUCGCCCAGGCUUAUACCAUUCUCUUCGCUUCACAGACAUGGAAACUCGGACCAGCAAAGCAGACUACCAAUGCUUCGCAUGCUACUGCCACACCCAACACAUUCGAAGUGUUAGCACACGUCGUCGAGGAGGAGCCUGAAUUUGAAGCAUGUGCAUCGGACUUCUGGCAAAGCGAGAUUCCCGUAUCCACGAAGGCAUCUACAAUCGCCGACGACUCUGUUGGCGAUGCCGUAGGUUUACAUACCUAUGUACUGGAGCUACAAAACACAGUCCAGACUAUCAAGACUAUCUGGAAAUCUGCUGCUGACGGCGAAAUCCCCCUGGCUGUAGCUGGGUUCCUCACCAACGUGGCUCAUAGAUACUUGUUCGAAUGGAUAGCUUCUCAGUCACCCUGCGGUGACCACCAUGACUGGAUAAUUCAUUAUUUCUUCAAAGGUGGGCCAUCGGAUUCUAAGGAGGGGUUUCUACAUAGUUGGAUGGAUGAUAUCGAUGAAUGGAAGAGGUCGAGCCAAGGAGAGGACUUCCUGGAACUCGCUCACAGCUAUGGCCUCCUCUGGCCAAGCAACGAGAUGCGCCGGUUCGAGGCGCUGGUGAAAGCCAAAGACAAUUCGCUGACUACCGUGGAACGCUGCAGAUUCGAGAACUACUUCAAGGCUCAACCGGAGCAGCGCGUAUUGAGCAGCGAGCUUGUCGACUCCGUCCUGGAUUGUGUGUCUACCAGCGAGACCAGAACUAGGGACGAACACUAUCAGAAGCUUGACGCCAUCAUCGACAAACGUUAUCAGCAUGAUCGAGACUUGGUGCAGUCGAUGUGCCGAAGUAUAUAUCAGCAUCCAUUAUGGGACGGCCUUGUGGACUUCAAACAAGAUCCUGGAAAGAGCUGGCAAAAACAAAUGUAUGCAGAAGACUAUCUUCAGUUCACUUUAGGCGUUCCGCUACUGUGGGAUCUGAAAGCAUACCUGGAUUCCGACUCCCCACCGCAAACGACUCUAAUUCUGGGCGCACACAUGUUUGUCGAAAGCUGUCGUAGCUUCAUCUGGCAAAAUCCUGUCGGAGCUCCGCCUCGCACCAACAACAGGAUCAAGGUCCUGUCUUUCGCACGCAACAGCCGGAUCGCGUUGCAGAAGUUUCUGCAGAACAACGAGGAUUCACCGAGAGCUCUCCCAUUGCGUUCAGAUUCGUACGAUAAACUCAGGAAGACUGUUAAACAGCUCGACAAGUUUACUUCCGGGAAAGUGUUCGAUUUGUAUUCUCAAUCGCCUUGGGUCACUGGAAGCUACAUGGCGACGAUCGCGGCACGCAACAUGAUGCUCGGCCUCGGGUUGAUGGGUGCGCAGGGUUACGUAUCUGAUCUGCUGCACUUGUACAACAUGCUGCAAAAGCUCAGAGUUCCAUGUCCUAAGAUACCUUUAUUGGAACAUCUUUGCGACGUCCUUGGACCGAUGGUAUUCCCACAUAUGCAGGGACGGCCUACGAAGGACUUCGACAACAUGGCUCGCCUUGCCAAACAUGAGCCAAUACUCAGAAAGAACAGAAAGUGGACGUCUGAUGUCCAAGCAAAGAUGUACGAUGACCCGAAGAACAACUAUUCGAAUCUAUCCGACUUUGCAUCCGAAACGCUAGUGAGACAGUGUUGGUUCGACAGGCGCUUGUUAGCCAAGAUACUGGACGAAAGGCUACUGGCUAAGAAGCACGAUAUCAUCCCGAACAUGAUCGCUCGCUUUACGCCGUCCGAUGUUGUCCUGCGCGUAAGAGACCACAUUAUGCCAGAAUUCAACGGAACAUUCCCUUUGGCAAAAGUCAAUUACUUUGCCGUCAUGGAUUUAGUUCUCGACUUCUACAAAGAGGUUGCUUCUCAACUAGCUAAUCCAGAUGGGUUGCCAAGUUGCGCGCAGGAAUUCGCGGGGCUAGGAGCCUCAGGUCGCUAUGACCUACAAGCGAAUACUCUGGAAGCAGCAAUGUGUUUCUUGGGGGUCGUCAGGUACGACAUCGAUCAUCUUGUAAUGACACGCACGGAUGCGUCUAGAUGGAGAAUGUUGCAGGAAGACGAUGGCUUGCUCUUUCUGCGUGAUGCGGUUGUCAAGGUCUGCGGACAUGUCAAGUUGGAGGAUUUCUUGUGGGAGGAUAUGUGA